CCGGGACGCAUCCUGCUUUCCCACUCUCAAUGGGGCCGAGGAGCCGGCACGCGCGGGACUCGGGCCAAUCAGCGCUGAGCUACCAGAGGGGCCUGUGCCCGGCGAGCCAAUAGACGGGGCCGUUACUUGGCGCUGGCUGCGGUGGCGGCCUGACGGGCGGCGCGUGCCGGGGCCGCUCCUGCCCUCACAUCCCGCCCGGAGCGGCGUGCCGGGGAAGCUCCGCAGUGCGCCUCAGUCAUGGCGCCCGGGGCGGCGGCGAGGCUUUAAACCACGCUCUUCGCCGGCUGCAGCCGACGUCGCUCUGCGGCUCCCCGCGGCGGGGCGGGCGCUCUCUUGAAGGCAGUGACACACGCGCGCCGCCUGGCUCCGGCGUUAGGGUGGGCGGAGCAGCUCCGCAGGAGCCGCGCGUUUGAUCCCCGGCUCCGGCUCUCGCUCAGGACCCUGCGCUGCCGGCUGCGCCCGAGUCCGCGGACUCUGCGGAGCCUUAGCGCGAGAGCCCCUUUCCCAGAGCUUCCCCGGCGAGGAGAACCGGCCCGGCCGACACUGCAGGGCCGCCCCGCCUCGGCCGGGAGCUCCCGCGGGUGUCCGGGCCCGCCCGGAAGGGGCGGCGGCCCCGGCGAUGGCGGACGAGGCGCUGUUCCUGCUGCUGCACAGCGAGAUGGUGGCGGGGCUGUACCGCGCCGCCGAGCAGGGCGAAGGGGAGAACGGGCGCUGCACCACCAAGCUGGAGAGCAUGGGCUUCCGCGUCGGGCAGGGGCUCAUCGAGAGGUUUACAAAAGACACUGCCAGGUUCAAGGAUGAAUUAGAUAUUAUGAAGUUCAUUUGCAAAGAUUUUUGGACAACGGUAUUCAAAAAACAAAUAGAUAACCUAAGGACUAAUCACCAGGGUAUUUAUGUUCUUCAAGACAAUAAAUUCCGUCUCUUGACACAAAUGUCUGCAGGAAAGCAGUAUUUAGAACAUGCACCAAAGUAUUUAGCAUUCACCUGUGGACUGAUCAGAGGAGGCCUAUCAAAUCUGGGAAUAAAGAGUAUUGUAACAGCUGAAGUUUCAUCAAUGCCUGCAUGUAAAUUCCAGGUGAUGAUACAGAAGAUGUAGAGCACAUUCAAAUCUGGGUAUCUACUUUAAAAAGGCUUUGUAUGUGGAUUCAGUAUCUUGGCUCAGUCUUGUAUAUAACAUGUAAAUUAUAGCAGUGUGCAGCACAAUUGCAAAAUAUAUAAUAAAUGCUCAUUGAAAUAACACUA